AUGACGGACGCUUCACCAGAGCCAGCCCCAGUCGAGGCCCAAACGAAGCCCGUCGUCGAGGACUCCGGCUCCGAAUCCGAGCGCGACAUCUCCAGCCCGUCUUCCGAAUCACCGAGUGCGGCGCAGAAGGGCAAGGCACCCGACGUCUCAGAGGAGACCACGCCUGCAGAUGUAGCGGGGCAAAAGGCGGAGAAGAAGGCCGAGGUCCACGAGGCCGAAGAUGAUGAUGAUGAAGACGAGGACGAGGACGAAGAUGAGGAUGAUGAUGACGACGACGAUGAUGAUGAUGAAGACGAAGAGCCGAGGCUCAAAUACGCCAGAUUGACCCAGCAUCUGGCCCCCAUCUAUCGUAAUGGCGACGCGACCAGCGCAUUCCUUGUAGCCGGAGACAAGAUGAUUAUUGGAACGCAUAAUGGCGUUAUCCACGUAAUUCAAUUGCCCAUGUUCCAGUCUCUUCGAGUUUACAAGACCUUCUCCGCCUCCGUCACGAGCAUUUCGAUAUCACCGAAUCCUCCACCGCUUCCAACGGCCCGUGCAGAAGCUGUCCAGAGACUUGCUCAAGAAGCCGCCGAAAGUGUCGCCAGGAGGCCCUCGACGCAGCAAUCGGGGUCGCCAGCAGCUUCUCGUAGACCAAGGGAGCCGACGCCCAUCCCGAACACGCCCUCCAACAACAUCCACGUUGCGACGUCGUCCAUGGACGGAAAUGUCUGCGUUUUUUCCCUGACCGAUCCUAAGGACACCCAGCUGCGCAACUUCGCCCGGCCCCUUCAGGGGGUGGCCCUCUCCCCCGACUUCAAGAACGAUCGGACAUACCUCUCAGGUGGUUUGGCUGGCCAGCUUAUCCUGACAGUUGGAGGAUCACCUGGACGGAGUACAUCCACCACUGUGGGUACCGCUGCGGCCACAGCGUCUGGAUGGCUUGGCAGUAUGGGGUUGGGUGCGAACACUGGCAAGGAUACUAUUCUGCAUUCCGGCGAAGGCACCAUCAGCGCGAUCAAGUGGUCUCUAUCGGGCAAAUAUGUCGUGUGGCUGAACGAACAUGGAGUCAAGAUCAUGCGCUCAAAGCUCCAUCUGGAUAGCGGAGACUCUGAGGAUGCGUGGAAGCGUAUUGGGCAUAUUGACCGCCCGCAGACCGACGAGUGGGAAGCAAUGGCGAGCGCAUGGAAAGGCCGUGCCGAGUGGAUUGACGAACAGGCCGUCGAAACAGAUGAGACCGAAGUCGUCCAGACCGACGUCGUCGGCACUCCUACAACCGAGAGUUCGAAGCCCCUGGCCACCUCGCAUUAUAAGAAAAUCGAAAGGCUUGUUGUUGGAUGGGGAGGUACGAUAUGGAUUAUCCAUGUGCACCCCGGCAGCCCUGCGACGGGUAAACGUGGGAGUGAAAAGACGAUUGGUCGUGCCGAGAUCGCCAAACACCUCCGAAUGGAUUGCAUCAUUUCUGGAAUUUCGUUAUAUACCCAAAACCUCCUCCUUGUAUUAGCAUAUGUUCUACCAGACGACGACGAAGAUAGCGAUGACGAAACGCAGCUGGCAAAGGGCCACAAAUCAAAGCCUUCCACGACCUCGACAAGCAGCGAGCCUUCCGGGGGUAGAAGGCGUCGGCAAAACCAUCUGCCGCCGGAGCUCAGAUUGAUCGAUCUCACAUCGCAAGCUGAAGUCGAUAAAGAUGGCCUCAGCGUGAGUCGAUACGAGAGUCUCACGUCCGGCGACUACCACUUGGGUGUGCUUCCAGCUCAGAAUGCCGCCUCGGCUGUCUCUGCAUCAAAAGGAGCCCUAGACACCAUUGCUGGUAUUGGUUCAGACAUGUGGAAUGCCGCCACCAAUCCGAGGGCCCUCUUUAGUUCUGGCGCCAGUAUCAAGAGCAAGAAUAGCGGGGAUGAUGUGUCCAGCACUCAGGUCCCGAGCAUGGCCGCAGGCCCCCGCAGACCGGCUCAGCAAACAGUGCAUCCGAAUCUGAUCAAGCCCGGAGUCAAGGUCUUCAUCCACAGUCCGUUUGACUUCAUUCUGGCCACAAAACGCGAUCUUGGGGACCAUCUCGGGUGGCUGCUCGAACAUCAAGAAUACCAGAAGGCCUGGGAGCUUCUUGAUGAGCACCCAGAGAUUAUGGCUGCACCCCCUGAAAACCUGCAUGAGCUAGUCCCGACGACGCCAGAUAGGAAGUCGGCGAGCCAGGAUGAAUUACUGGACGAUGGAUCAUCGGUCAUGGGGUCAGUGGGUUGGGCUAAGAAUCCAAACUCUUCCGCUCAGAAGGAAAAGCGACGGAUCGGCGAGCUUUGGAUACGGGAGCUUAUCGAAGCAGGCAACUGGUCCGAAGCCGGUCGCGUCUGCGGCAAGGUCCUUGGAUCAUCCGAGAGGUGGGAGAAAUGGGUCUGGACAUUUGCCGGUGCCGACAAGUUUGACGAGAUUACCAACUACAUCCCGUCCGAGCCCAUGUACCCGCCGAUUCCGCGCACCAUCUACGAAGUCAUUCUGAAUCACUACAUUCAGGCAGACAAGCUGCGAUUUAGAGAACUGCUGGAUCGAUGGUCGACAGACCUCUUUGACAUCAAGAUUGUCACCACAGCGUUGGAAAACCAACUCAAGUACCGCGAUGUGCGCGAGGACAGCAUUGAGGGUGGUGAGAGGGGUCGUGACUGGAAGAUUGUUGUGGAAUCAUUGGCACGCUUACAUGAGGCAAAUGGCCGAUUCCGAGAAUCGCUGAAGUGCUACAUCAAGCUUCAAGACGCUGACUCUGCAUUCCGGCUCAUUCGCGACAACCAUCUUGCGGAGGCCGUUGCAGACGACAUCCCCAGCUUCAUCGGCUUGCGGGUUCCACAAAACCGAGAGCUCAUGCGAGAACCCGACUUUGAAGCGGCCACGGCUGAAGCGAUAACACUGCUUGUUGACGAAGCCCAGCACGGACUGGUCAAGCCUUCCGUGGUUGUGUCGCAGCUUCUUGAGAAGGACCUGAAGCUGUAUCUCUUUUUCUAUUUGCGUGGCCUGUACAAGGGCGAAGGCAUCGAGGAGCAUUCAGGCGAGAACCGCGACAGGAUUCUGAUGGACAGUCAGUCGCUCGUUGAUGAGUUUGCGGACUUGACCGUUCAGCUGUUUGCCAAGUACGACCAGUCCCUGCUGAUGAGCUUUUUGCGGUCGUCGACUUCAUACACGUUUGAAAAGGCGGUACAAGAGUGCGAGAAGUACAAGUACGACGAUGAACUGGUGCACCUCUACUCCAAGACGGGCCAGAUGAAGCGUGCACUCUACCUCAUCAUUGACCGACUCAAAGACGUCAAGAAGGCCAUCGACUUUGCCAAACUGCAGGACGACCCGGACCUGUGGGAGGACCUUUUGGACUAUAGCAUGGACAAGCCGAGCUUCAUUCGCGGUCUUCUCGAGGAAGUCGGCACGGCCAUCAACCCCAUCAAACUCGUCCGACGCAUCCCGGAAGGGCUCGAGAUUGAGGGUCUUCGCGAAGGCCUGAAGCACAUUAUGAAGGAGCACGAAAUCCAGCACAGCAUCAGCUCUGGCGUGGCAAAGGUGCUCCGCAGCGAAGUCGCCGCCGCCCAGAACGAACUGCGGCAAGGUCAGCGCAAGGGUAUUAAGUUCGAGGUCGUCAUUCAAUCCACGCAGCAUGUCGACGUCCAAGUCCGAGACGUUGUUCCUGCGCCGGUCAGUGCUGAGGACGUCGAAGAGAACUUUCUCCAGACGAAGACAGAGCAGCCGGGCCACACGCACGAAGCGCCGAAACCGGGCCACUGCGCGCAAUGCCGUGAGUCUUUCACGGAGUACGAGAUGGAGACGCUGGUUGGCUUCGCAUGCGGCCACGUGUUCCACCUCUCGCACCUCCUCGAGGUACUCUACCCGGGCAGGAAGUUGGACAACGACUACGGACUCAGCAGCGAGGAAUCGAUUCGCAGUGGAUACAGGGUAGGAAGCAAGGUUACGCACGCGCGGUUGUUGAAGGAUCGUAUUAGGGAGGGAUGUCCUGUCUGCACGCACCGGAGCGCGGACGUGCCCGCGUAG